AUGGCCUCAGACAAGCCUGCGGUCCUCAUAAUAGGCGGACUCGGCUACACCGGACGACACCUCUGCAAGUACAUCUACGACAACAACCUCGCUUCCCAAUUACGCAUCGUCGACAAGCAUCUGCCAGAGUUGGCAUGGCUGGCUCCAGAGUUCAAGGAGGCCUGUUCGAGGGAGCGCUUCAUCCAGGCGGACGCGGCACAAGAACGAUCCCUGCCCCGGAUAUUCGAUCGUGAGGGUGGCGGCGAGUUCGACUAUGUAUUCAACUGCGGUGGCGAAACACGCUUCUCUCAGGAGGAAAAGGUCUACGAACUCCGCUCCUAUGGCCUUUCCAUGAACAUUGGCCGCGAGGCUGCAAAGCGCAAAGUAAAAUGCUUCGUUGAACUUAGUACCGGCAUGGUCUACAAGCCAGAGAACAUACCCCACAAGGAGACUGACAAGACGAAACCCUGGUCGAAUCUGGCAAAGUGGAAGCUCAAGGCCGAGGAGGACCUGGCUAAAAUUGAGGGCUUGAACCUUAUGAUUAUGCGCGUGGCUCACGUCUAUGGCCCCUACACGAGCAAGUUUUUCAGUACGGCGCUGUGCAUGGCGAGAGUAUACCAGAGCAUGGGCAAAGAGAUGCGCUUCCUCUGGAAGGAAGACAUGAAGACAAACUUGGUGCAUAUCGAGGACGCUACAAGGGCCCUCUGGCAUGGUGCGGAUUGGUAUGUCAAGGGACCGCCCGCCCGCCGACCACCGCCCAUCUUCAACAUUGUGGACCACGGUAAUACCUCACAAAAACACACGGCUGAGUUCAUGGCCGAGAUUUUCAAUAUCAAGACUGGCUUCCACGGCACCCUCAUCUCCGCCUUUGCACGACUAAACCUCGACCAUGUCGUCGACGAGGUCAACGAAGAAACACUAGACCCCUGGGCAGAGCUGCAGUCAAAGGCCGGUAUCAGCCAAUCUACACCGCUGACACCUUAUAUGGAAAAGGAGCUGCUUAAAGACGCGGAUCUGUGCAUGGAUGGUAGCCUGUUCGAGAAGGAAACUGGGUUCAAAUACAACGUGGAGAAGUGCACGAGGGAGAAGAUCGAGGAGGUUAUUGAGAGCUACAAGAGAAUGGGCUGGUGGCCGUAG